ACCCAUUCUUGUCUUUAGCUUUGAAGUUACGAACUACAAGCAAUGACCGUUCCACUACCUUCAAACAUCACCAUCCAGGCAGAUGAAAUCAAUUGCUUGAUUUAUUCUUAUUUUCAGGAUUGCGGUUUCACUCAUUCCGCUUUCACCAUCUGCCAAGAAGGACAACUCGAGCGUUCACCCAACUUCAAGAAGCAUAUUCCUCGUGGAGAACUUGCAGAGCUUCUUUCCAAGGCUCUAUUUUACACCGCCAUCGAAUCCCAUUUAAAAGGUGGAGAGGCCGCCGCCAACUGCAAGUCUCGAUUUUCGCUACUCGAAAACCACGUUUGCUCCCCCGAUCCACCCCAACAGGUCGUGACGACACUACUUGUUCCAACGCUUCUGCCUUCUUCCGUCAAGGAAAACAUCACUACCACCACCACCAAGCUUGUCGAGAAAGGUCAAUCAACCGGAAAGCCCAAGGUGACGCCGACACCUACUACAACUUCAGAGAGCAUCGAGAAAGGCUUGAAGGGAACAGACGAUAUGGAUAUCGAUGAACCUGCCCAAGUUCCAAAGGUGGAAGUUACACCAACCGAAUCUGUACUUGCCCCCAUCACCGGAAAGGCAAUAAACACCAAAUCUCGUCCUGCAGAUUAUGAUCCAGAUGAAGACGGGCAACCUGCGAAUGCAAUCCGUACGAUGGAGGGUCAUAAAUCCGAAGUCUUUGUGUGUGCUUUUAAUCCGGCGAAACCCUAUGUGCUAGCUUCGGGAUCCAAAGAUGCUACAGUUAAUUUGUGGCAUGUUCCGGAACCUAUUGAUGAUCCCCGUCCAAGUAUACCGCGAAGCGUCGUUUUCACUCCGAAGGGAGGACAAGGUGACCUUACAUCCAUGCAUUGGAACAAAGAUGGGACAUUCCUUGCUGUUGGCAGCUAUGACUCUGUACUUCGAAUAUUAACGGCCACGGGAGAGACUUAUGCUACCCUGGAAAAACACACCGAUCCUAUAUUCACAGUUCGCUUCUCUCCAUCUGGUCGGUAUUUGUUAUCUGCAAGUCUUGACGGAUCAUCGUGCCUAUGGGACGUUAAGACAAAGACCUUGCUAAGAGAAUAUCGAUGUCAUAGAGACUGUGUUCUUGAUGUUGAAUGGAUAAACGACGCCAUGUUUGCAAGUUGUGGGGCUGAUAAGAACAUACAAGUAUUAAGUGUCGAUGACCCUAUGCCAAUAAAGACCCUCACUGGGCAUACCAAUGAAAUUAACCAGAUAGUAGUGAACUCUUCCGGGACCCGUCUAGCGUCGUGUUCAGACGAUAAAACGGGCCGACUAUGGAACAUGACAAAUCUAUCGACGGAUAGUAUUCCUGGCUUGGGAGCUUCCGACCAGGUUGUCAUACUUGAUGGUCAUAGGCACGCUGUGACCACCAUGGCUUGGAUUGAAGAGAAGCUGUCACGGGUAUACGUGGCCACUGGUUCCUUUGAUUGUUCUACGCGACUGUGGGAUCCAGAUACUGGCGACUGUCUGAAGGUAUUCUCAGACUGGCGUCGGCCCGUGUAUGUGAUUACUGCUGCUCCAGGCGGACCGUUAUUUGCCGCUGGAGGUGGUGAUGGUUGGAUGAAUAUAUACGAUGCUCGGGAUCAGGAGAAGAAGUGGUCUUGGUUUUCAGGCUUUGACAGACCGGGGAUAUUCGACAUAGAUUGGCAGAGCUAUGAGAAGGGGAAAAUCAAUCAUGUGGCAGUUUCUCUUGAAUCCCAUAGGAUGGUUGUCUUUGAUGUAAAUAGGAUCGACGCCCUCAACACACAUUAAUUUACGGUAUCUUUUAAAUAUAUUGGAUGACG